AUGCGAUCUACAGUCAUCCUAAAAGCUUCAGACCUACCCGAAGAGAUCCAAACAAAGGUCUUUGAGUUGGCGGAACAGUCGUUAUCAUACAAAGUUGAAAAGGAUAUCGCAGCCUAUCUCAAGAAAGAAUUGGAUCAGUUAUAUGGACCCACUUGGCAUGUGAUUGUGGGGCGAAGCUUUGGCAGCUAUGUGACCCACGAACAGGGCUAUUUCAUCUACUUCUACCUCGGUGAUCUCGCCUUCCUUGCUUUUAAGAGUGGAUAA